CUUUAAAGUCGGCUUUAGAUUCACACAGUGUCGAUUUGUCAAGUAACGGCGUCAAAAGCGAAACGGCAACGUUUGGUAGGUGAGACACGUGGAUCAGAUAGUGUUUUGUCUCCUAAUCCAAUCUCUUUCAAAGCAUACAUAAUAAAUGCAUAUAUAUAAGCACACAUUAAACGGAGUUAAACUCAUCAUACAUUACUGACUAAAAGAAGCAAAAUCUUGAGUAGAAACAAAUUUUCCUGUAUCUCUCUCUCUUGUAAUCUCCGACGAAGAAACACAGUUUUAUGGCAACCACCAGAUCGAAGAGCUUUCAGUUGAUCACCAGCUUAAGGAAACACCUAGUUAACACACGCGCUUCCACACGCGCCACCGCCUCUGCUCUCUUCCCUUCACGUCGGAGUGGACAUUCCUCGGCGUAUGACAAGAACGUGGAGGAUGAAUUGCAUGCAAGUGCAGUACCUGACGAAGUUAUAAAGCCAGAUUCUGAUAAAUAUUGGUCUCCUCACCCCAAAACAGGAGUCUUCGGUCCCUCUACGACUGAGCACAGCGCCACCGCCGAGGGUGCACACCAGGACACAGCAGUGCUGGAGGAGACCGCCUGGUUUCGCCCAACAAGUCUCGAGGAUUCGGACAAGACUCACCAUGUUUGAGUCUCUCUUUCUCUCUGCUUUUUACUGGCGUAAUGUUGUAAUAAAGUUCUACGUAAACAAACUGUAAUGUCAAAUAGCGUCCUCCUGCUAUGUUUGAACGCUUAUGUUUAAGUGAUUGAUUACGUUGCCCAUAAAUAUUAAAGAAUCAAAAUGAAGUUUGGUUUUAAUUUGGUACGGUUAAUCAACCACGACAAAUAUUAAAAAGAAUCUCCAAAUG